UUCCCAUAUAUAGCUCGCGCGCGCGCACGCGACGCGGCGGCCAUUUCUACUAGUCUCUAUCUCGAGCUCUCAAUCACCACCUCAAAAUAAGGCAAGCGAUCGGCGGUUGAUCGUCCCGAAUAAUUUUAUUCCCAGACGAGGCGAGGCGCCGCGCCUCGGCUUAAUUUGGAUCGACGUUGUCCUCCCCUCCCGGCAUCGAUUGCUAUUCCCCGGCUCUGAAUCGGAGGCGGCCGGCCGGCGGCGAGCUAGCAGCAUAUGGCCGCCGGAGCCGUGGUGGCGACGGCGCUGCUCGUCCUCGCGGCGGCGGCCGCGGCCGUGUCUGGGCUCCCGGCGAUCAACGUGACGGCGAUGGUGUUCGAGGAGGGGUACGCGCCGCUGUUCGGGCAGGACAACAUCCUCCGCUCCGCCGACGGCCGCACCGUCAGCCUCCUGCUCGACCGCUCCACCGGGUCUGGUUUCAUCUCGUCGUCCAUGUACCAGCACGGCUUCUUCAGCGCGUCCAUCAAGCUCCCCUCCGACUACACCGCCGGCGUCGUCGUCGCCUUCUACACGUCCAACGGCGACGUGUUCGAGAAGCGGCACGACGAGCUGGACUUCGAGUUCCUGGGCAACAUCCGGGGCAAGCCAUGGCGGGUGCAGACCAACGUGUACGGCAACGGCAGCGUGAGCCGCGGGCGCGAGGAGCGCUACGUGCUCCCCUUCGACCCCACCACCGAGUUCCACCGCUACUCCAUCCUGUGGACCGCCGCCGCGGUGGCCUUCUACGUGGACGACGUCCCGGUGCGCGAGGUCCGGCGCUCGGCCGCCAUGGGCGGCGACUUCCCCUCCAAGCCCAUGUCGCUGUACGCCACCGUCUGGGACGCCUCCACCUGGGCCACCUCGGGCGGCCGGUACCGCGUCAACUACCGGUACGGGCCCUUCGUCGCCUCCUUCACAGACCUGGCGCUCCUCGGCUGCCGCGCCGACCCCAUCCGGAUGGUGGCCGGCGGCGGGCGGCAGGCCUCCUGCGCCGCCGACGAGGAGGCCCUGCGCGCGUCGGACGUGGCCGUCAUGACGGUGGAGAAGCAGCAGGCCAUGCGUCGGUUCCGGGAGCAGAACAUGGUCUACUCCUACUGCUACGACACGCUGCGCUACCCCGCCGCGCUCCCGGAGUGCGACGUCGUGGAGUCGGAGCGGCGGCGGUUCAAGGACAGCGGGCACCUCCGGUUCGCGCUGCGGCGCCGGGGCCCGCGCCGCUCCAGCAGGGGCACCGCCGCCGGCCGCGCGGCGGCCGCGGCCGCGGCCAGAGCAGCAGCGGCUUCCAGGGCCGCCGCGGACCUCGCCGCCGCCGCCAAGAAGCGAGCGGCAGACAUGUAGGGAGUAAGUAGUCAGCGAUGGUGAUGGGUGGUUGUAGUGCGCGCGAGACAUGGCAUCGAUCAGGUCCGUUAAGCAAAUGGGGAA